AUGGCAGGUUAUGCAUUAAAGCGAUUAAUGGCUGAGUACAAGCAGUUGACGUUAAAUCCGCCAGAAGGAAUCAUUGCUGGACCGAUCAGUGAAGAUAAUUUUUUCGAGUGGGAAUGUUUAAUCACGGGACCUGAUGAGACAUGCUUUGAAAAUGGUGUCUUUCCAGCGAAGAUUAUUUUUCCACAGGAUUACCCUCUUUCUCCACCAAAAAUGCAAUUUACUUGCGAUAUCUUUCAUCCAAACAUUUACCCAGACGGACGUGUAUGUAUUAGUAUUCUUCACUCACCAGGUGAUGAUCCAACUGGAUAUGAAUCAAGUGCAGAACGAUGGUCUCCGGUGCAAUCCAUUGAAAAAAUUCUACUUUCCGUGGUAUCUAUGCUUGCUGAACCAAAUGAUGAAAGUGCUGCUAAUGUAAACGCAGCAAAAAUGUGGCGUGAAAAUCGUUCACAAUUCGAACGUAUUGCGGAUAAUUUGCUAUCCAGUUUAUACGUGAUGCCUAUUGUUGGUGAACGUUCGAAAUUCUCAUGUUUAAAGAUCUACGAUGAUACGAGUUCGGAUGAUGAUGAUGAUAGCGCUAAAUUGAUGAGUGGAGCGGCAUCUGGACAGAAUAAGAAUCAUGGAAAUCAAAAAAAGUCGUCAGCUACAUACAAAAGUGGUGGUGGUUUUAUUGUCCAUUCCGUGCCACAGAAACGGAAAAAUAAAGGGAAAAAAACCAAAAAAGUAUCUGUUGUUGUGGAAGGUGGUUUUAUAGUACAGGAUGGUGAUGGAGAUUCUUUGGACAAGAAAUAUUGCGAGAAUUUGCAGCAAGCAAUAGAAAACAGUCGCGAAGUGGCUUCCACAGCAUCUGCCGAUCCAGUGCAAGAAAUAACAUCAUCAAAGAUCCAAAUGGAAGGGGAACCAAUGGAGACGAAAGACGAGCUGGAAAUGUUCAUGUCGGAAAUUGAUUCACAAGCUUCUCCUCUGUUCACAAAAAAUGAUGGGCCUCAAAAGACUAAGGAGCAGCAUUUAGUUGCACUGUACCGAUCAAAACUGGUGGAAACAUUUAGGCAAAUGAUGUUGGAAAACGAAGUAAAAUUGAAAGCAGAGGCGGAAUUGACGAAGUAUAAAAAUCGUUAUAAGAAAUUAUGCGAGUUAUUAAAGGAUGCUGAAGUGAAUGAAAAAACACAUAUGGCCGCAGAUCUUGAGAAAGCGAAAUUGGUGGAGAGAGAAUUAAGCUCUCAGAUUGGUGAGCUACGUGGGCAAUUGAUGCAGGCUCGAAGCAAAAUUAGAGAACUUGAAAUGAAAUAUAAAGGAGUAGCCUCAAAACAGCAGCAUUAG